AUGUCCAAAAGGUUUUUCAUUCUCUUGCUGAUGAUUGAGUUCGGGCCGCUUUAUCUGACACAAGGCACAACAGAGACACUUCUGACUGCCUACUUGGGUGAAUCAGUGACACUACCCUGCCUGUACUCAGCCUGGUCUUCAAGCAGCAAUAGCAUGUGCUGGGGCAAAGGCCAGUGUCCCAAGUCCAAGUGCAAUAAUGAGCUUGUCCACACGGAUGGAACAAAAGUGCUCUCAAGAACUUCAGCAAGGUAUAGGCUUCUAGGGUAUAUCCAGAAGGGAAAUGUUUCCUUGACCAUCUCAAAUACCAAUGAAGGUGAUAGCAGUGUGUAUUGCUGCCGCAUAGAGGUGCCUGGCUGGUUCAAUGACGUGAAGAAGAACAUACGCCUGCAGCUAACGAGAGGUCCAACAACUACGCCUACAACAACAACUACGCCUACAACAACAACUACUACUCCAACAACUACAACAACUACACUUCCAACAACUAUACCUCCACAAACCUCACAUCCAACAACUACACCUCCAAAAACAAUUGCACCUCCAAUAACAACCACACCUCCAACAACAACCCCAAGCCCAGAAAUAACCCUUCACCCAACAAUAACCCCUCAGCUAAGAACCACUACUGGGAUGACAAUAACUGUCCCUCCACCUGAUCACACAACUGGACUACAACUUCAGACAAGAACCACAGCUAAUCUCUCAUCACCUGCAACCAAGUGUCCCAAAACAAGACCAAAUCCCCAUCCAGAGGCAACCAUACAUCUUCUGACCAUAACCACUGAACCUCCCAUGGAAGUUUCCUCCUUCACCAAAGAGGAGAUUUUGAUGAGAGAGAGCAUCGUGGUCUCCAUGUCUUUGGUGGUCCCAAAGGUUUACAUGAAGAGAGAGGCCGGUUUCCUCCUGGAAACUAUAAGAUUUGGUCCUAGAGGUGGUCGUUGGAAUGGAGGAUUUGGACAAGAAGUUCACAGAGAUUUUGAUGACUGCAGAAGACCUUGGGAGAGGCAGAGGGAUAGGGAUGACAGAGAUUUUUAUUUCUGCAGAGAAAUUAAUGGAAAUCGACUUGGAAGAGACAGAAUUCCCAACACCUGGGUCCCGCCUCCCCAUGCUCGAGUUUUUGAUUACUUUGAAGGGGCCACUUCUCAACGAAAAGGAGAUAAUGUGCCUCAGGUAAAUGGUGAAAAUACAGAGAGACACGCUCAGCCACCACCUUUACCUGCACAGAAUAAUCCUGAACUUUACGAUAAACUGGCAUCUUCAAGUGAGAUAAACAAGGAGAAGAGUGACACAGCUGCUGAUAUAGAAAGUGAACCAGUAGUAGAAAGCACAGAAACUGAGGGGACCCUUCCCAUGUCUCACCAGAUUAAAAUAUCCGACAGCUCUGACCUGCUGAUGAUCAUUGCUCCCUGUGUGGGAUUUGUGGUGUUAAUGUUGCUCGUGGGGUUUAUCUAUCGAGGAAAGUUCAGGAAAAGCUACUGUUUGCAGAAACACACAAGGCUGACCACUGUUGGAGAAAAUAAAAAUGUGCUCAAUAAUGUGCAACUUGGAAGAGAAGAUGAAGACGGCAUGUUCACACUCUAA